UGCUUUGGUCCUUUCUGGGGAGUGUAUCACAGCCACUGACCUUUCCGAAAUAUUGUCUAGAGGAGUGUGUCGGUAAUUGCUUUGUUAGGAUGGUGGGUCUUGUUCCUGGAGUUGGAGGUUUAAAUGAGAUCGUGGGCUACUACUCCUUUUCCUUGCCAGAGAUCUUUAGUUGUUUUGUUAAAACAAAAACAAAACACCCCUCAGAUCUGUGUACCUUUUCCUUCCUAGAGAGUUUGCAAACAAGGCGGGCUGUUUUCAUGUCUAAGCAGUGUCUGUCCGUGGCUGCUGUUGGCAUAGCUCAGCACUGGAUGUUUUCAAAGCACAUCUGAGUAGAAUCAUUUCACUUCUGGGAAUCCUUUUCUUCUGUACGGUGGCAUCUUGUACGUAUUGAUCACUGUUUUCAUGAUCUAAUAGGCAAUUGAUGAUACUUUUGGAAUGGAAGGGUUUGUGGAGCGGAGAUCUAUUCUCACCUUUGUGUCUUUUCCUUCUGAGUAUGAAUGAUCUCUUGUCCUCCUGUGUAACACACGUCACAUUUAUUUGUCUUCCCCAUCCCCUGAGUCUAUAGAUGAGGGCACACUUUUGAAUGGGAGCCCAGUAACCUGUUGAUGUAAAGUACCUUUUACCUUUUAAGAUUACCAUCGUUAGCACCUCCCUCCGUCCUGGCUGGGCUCCCUGUCAUUUUAAGCAGGCAGCAAUUACAGGUUUGCUAAAGAAGCUGGCUUCUGCUGCCAAGGCUCCUAUUAAUUAUCACUCUAUCUCUAAUUUAGCCUUCCCUUGUUGAGAGAAGGCACAUGUGAGCCUUCUGCUGAAGGGCUGCAUUGAAAAUCUCCAUAAUAACCUUCUUUCUGAGGCGGUUGUGUGGACUCUAUGUUCAGCCAAAGGGCCAGGGUGGCCCUGGUGAGUGUUUUCGUCUUUCUUCCAUAGGUUGUUUGGUUGUUCAUGUUUAGCAUGGUUGGUUUUAUCCUUCUGAUUCUGGCCUGAGUAAGAAUCAAAUAAGCCUUUACCUUGGGAUCUCAGACCUAUUUCCCGUCUGUUGUUGAAUCUAAGAUGAAGGCAACUUGAAAACAUAUAAGCGAUUUUCCCACCAGCUGAUUCCUCUGUGGGUGAAGAGUAGAGGACGAUGGAAUUGACCCUAUGCCUCUCUUCCAGAAGGUAAUGUACAGAUGUUACCCAGAGCAUGAUAGCACAUAUGGUGACCAGGGAGUGUAUCCUAGUUACUGCUUCUGGUUGCAAGUGUGUGUGUGUGUGUGUGUGUGUGUGUGUGUGUGUGUGUGUGUGUGAUAUGUCAUUCUUUAUUUAAUAUUGGACUUUUUCUCUCACUGCUCAGAAGUGUCUGGAUUGCUUUUGUUUGUGUUCAGAAACAUUGAGUUCACUUGUCUCAGUGAACACUCUUUUAGAAGUUUCUAGGGCUUAUUUGAUCAGGUCUGGAGUGCUUACGCUUCCUUUCCCACUUUUUCUCAUGUUAUUUUUGGCACUGCUGGUGUUGGAAGCUGGGGAAGUGAUUCACUGCAAAGUGAAUUAAUUUUCCACGUUUUUGUGAUGCGCUCCCCAGUCGCCCCCUGGUUUCUGUCCCUGCUGAGAUGACUCUGCACUUACACUGCUGUCAUCCUUGUUGGCUCAGACAGAAGUGCUGAUGUCACUUGGAUUUCUUAAAUUACAGCUGCUAGGAAUUAACAGAAAUUGUAAAAGUAGACCACUUCCUCAUUUUGCUUCUUUCUGGACUAAUUAUUGUCCUUCUAAGUCCAUGGGGAGGUUAGGGACUUGGAAGCAAAUUCUGUCUUAGAGUUCAAAAGGCAACUUUCAGGUUUCUUUCUCUAUUACUCCAAAGACAGUGUAGCCCUUAGGAAGGAGCUCUGGCCUGCCCUUCAGUAACCCCAGCCUGGCUCUUCAGAAUCUUCCAGGUUGGACCAUUGGACUUGUCUUUUCUCCUGGGUGAAGAGUUUCUGACAACUUCCCUUAACAGUUCUGCAGAGCAUUCUGGGGCCUCCAAGCCUCCGUUAAGCUCCUCCACUAUGACAUCACGCAUCUUGCUACGCCAGCAACUCAUGCGUGAGCAGAUGCAGGAGCAGGAGCGCAGGGAGCAGCAGCAGAAGCUGCAGGCAGCCCAGUUCAUGCAACAGAGAGUGGCCGUGAGUCAGACACCAGCCAUAAACGUCAGCGUGCCCACCACCCUUCCCUCUGCCACCCAGGUGCCGAUGGAAGUCCUCAAGGUGCAGACCCACCUGGAAAACCCCACCAAGUACCACAUACAGCAAGCCCAGAGGCACCAGGUAAAGCAGUACCUUUCUACCACUUUAGCAAACAAACAUGCCGGCCAAGUCCUGAGCCCGCCAUGUCCAAACCAGCCUGGCGACCAUGCCAUGCCUCCAGUGCCGGGGAGCAGCGCACCCAACAGCCCCAUGGCUAUGCUCACUCUUAACUCCAACUGUGAAAAAGAGGCGUUUUAUAAGUUUGAGGAGCAGAGCAGGGCAGAGAGUGAGUGCCCAGGUAUGAACACGCACUCUCGAGCUUCGUGCAUGCAGAUGGAUGAUGUGAUUGAUGACAUCAUCAGCCUGGAAUCAAGUUAUAAUGAAGAAAUUUUGGGCUUGAUGGAUCCGGCCUUGCAAAUGGCAAAUACGUUACCUGUCUCUGGAAACUUGAUCGACCUAUACAGCAACCAGGGCCUGCCACCCCCAGGCCUUACCAUCAGCAACUCUUGUCCAGCCAACCUUCCCAACAUAAAAAGAGAGCUCACAGCGUGUAUUUUCCCCACAGAGUCUGAAGCAAGAGCAUUGGCUAAAGAGAGGCAGAAAAAGGACAAUCACAACUUGAUUGAACGGAGAAGAAGAUUUAACAUAAAUGACCGCAUUAAGGAACUAGGUACUUUGAUUCCCAAGUCAAACGAUCCGGACAUGCGUUGGAACAAGGGGACCAUCCUCAAGGCCUCCGUGGACUACAUCCGAAAGUUGCAACGGGAACAGCAGCGAGCUAAGGACCUUGAAAACCGGCAGAAGAAGCUGGAGCAUGCUAACCGCCAUCUGCUGCUCAGAGUGCAGGAGCUCGAGAUGCAGGCUAGAGCACAUGGGCUUUCUCUUAUCCCAUCCACGGGUCUCUGCUCGCCUGAUUUGGUGAAUCGGAUCAUCAAGCAAGAACCAGUUCUUGAGAACUGCAGCCAGGAACUUGUACAGCACCAGGCAGACCUGACAUGCACAACGACUCUGGAUCUCACGGACGGUACCAUCUCCUUUACCAACAACCUCGGCACAAUGCCUGAGAGCAGCCCGGCCUACAGCAUCCCCAGGAAGAUGGCCUCCAACUUGGAAGACAUCCUGAUGGACGAUGCCCUCUCACCUGUCGGCGUCACCGACCCACUGCUGUCAUCAGUGUCCCCAGGAGCUUCGAAAACAAGCAGCCGGAGGAGCAGUAUGAGCGCAGAAGAAACGGAGCAUGCGUGUUAGCGAGCUUGCCUUGUUCUGCCUCAACACGGACUGCUCCCUCUCUUCUUCUUCAGUAGACUUCACAAUGUACCUGAAGAGGUUUUCUUGAUAAUUUUCCUUUAAUAUGAAUUUUUCGUGCUUUACCAGUAGCCCAGGAUAUAUUUUAUUUUUAGAAUUUUGUGAGCCAGACUUGUAUAUUCUAUUUUACAACUACAAAGGCCUCCUAAGUAUUGUACCUUCAGCGUGCAGUAUCUGUGAACUGAUUUCUCGAAGCGUGAGCUUUCUGAGCAAGGGGAUUUUUGCUUCAGAGAAGUAAGUGUCUGUCCGUUUUCAUUCAGGGGAAAACUUCGUGUGAGCUCUGUCUGUCUGUGACCUCCUUUGAAAUUAACAUGUAAAGUUUAAUUACAUGAAUGUAAAGCAACCAAAAGAAGAAAACAAAGAAGAUGAUGAUGAUUAUAGAAGAAGAAGAAGAAGAAGAAGAAGAAGAAGAAGAAGAAGAAGAAGAAGAAGAAGAAGAAGAAGAAGAAGAAGAAGAAGAAGAAGAAGAAGAGAAGCCUUUCUCACUUUAUAAAUGUGUCGAUUCCCUGGUACUGCCUUAAAGACACAGUGCUCUCUCAGCAUUACCGCGUCUUUGUACUGAAAACUGCUUAAAAGCAGAAUAUAUUACAUACAGACAAAUCUAGCAGUCAUUUUCAUGAGGAUUGUCUAACUAGAAAUUGUAACUUAUGCUAACCCAAACUGAAAGAAGUUAUUAGACCAAGGCAUGAAGCGUAGGACCUGACCUGCUGGCUUUUAUUGGGCACAGUUAUAGUUUUCCUCAUAAUAAGUGUGAUUCAAUUUUUCAUAAGAUUUUUUCGAAACGGAAAUGAAUGUCCUCUCUGAAUAAAAAACAUCGAGGAGCAUCGGAAGUUUGUUUCACUUUUUUUGUUUUUUCCAUUUUUGCUUUUGAUAAAGACAACCGAACUGGGCGCCUUUCUAAUUGGCUUUACUAUUUUUAUUUUUAAAUUAUGUUUUAGCCUUUUUAAUUGUAUAGAGUCUUUAUUAUCGUCAUUUUUUUCAGUGUUUGUAUUAAUUUAUAAGAAUGUGCAUCUUAAAAUGGCGAGUUUUCCAUACUUUUACAGCUCACCGAUGAUUCUCUGCAUUCUUUGUACACCCAAGAAAGACUACUUUUACCCAAGGUCUUGUGUUCAAAGAGAGCUUUGCAAAUAUUUUGUAUAUUCCACUAUCACUUGAAACUGUUUUUCAACACAUUUAAGGUGUAGUAUUAGGUUAAUAACCAGGCUUUCUAGAAAAAAAAUACUUACAUAUGCAUUUCUAGGGUAUGAAAAUAACUAUAUUCUUGAAGCUUGAUAGCCAUUGCAUUUACCAUGCCCGUGAUGGUCAUUUGAAUUGGGAUUUAUUUCAACAAAACUGGCUGGAUUCUUUUUUAAAGAGAGAAACACUGUAUUGGCAGAUUACUUGAUAACAGCAUUUUGUCAACGUGGCAACAUUGUAAAGUUAGUUUCUGUGCAUUACCUACUCGCAUAGCCCUAUGCAAUAACUGUAGUUACAUGUAUCAAGUCUAGCUGUUUUGUGCAGGUGAUAUAUACUGUUCCAAGCCAGGCUGUCUCAUGGAAUUUCUCAGCAGCAGCCCGUGGUUGAAUAGCGAGCGGCAUAAAACUUAUCCUUUCAGAAUGAAGUGCCUUAAAAAUCUCAGCAGUCUUUUUUGGACCAGCACUGACUGAACUGUAAAAUGGGAGAAAGUUUCGAGAUGGAAUCUGGAGUGAAGAAGGACGACGUAGCAUGGUGCCUCUGUAGACAUUCUAAGAGCUUCCAAUUUCCCUUCAGAUAUUUUUAAUAUGAAAUAUAUUUUACUGACAGUGCCAAAUUCUUUCAUCAGGAAACCUUUUUCAGGAGGGUUUUUUUUUAAGUGUUUAAAUGUCAAAUGUGAAUUGGUGAUGGGUGAUGGAGAGAUCCAAGAGCAGAUGAUUGUCAGAUGUAUGAAUGGAUGGCCUUGGUGAGAUUCGUCAAAUGAGCGGUUCCCAUGCAUGUUGGGUAAUGCAAAUCCUUGGAAACACUGAUGAUGCUAUCCAGUCUUGUAGCUUUAUUACUUAAGGGGGUAGGGAAAAUAAGUUCCCAUUCUUUCAACUCCCUUAAGUGUGUGACUCUUUUCCUAGAAUAGAAAUGCAAAUGUGCAUGAAAAGAUAAUUGUACCAUAGUGUUCACCAAUACAAUCAUAGCAUUGUCUGUUUUUCUCUUCAUAUUUAUGUGGGGGGGAGGAGGGCUGAUGCAGAAGUUGAAGAUUGCAAUGCUAUGAUGCUAGGCUUUCUUAGCUGACUCUGACGGUUCUUUUUUUUCCUUUUUAAAUAAUUGAACAAGGUUUCACAAAGUUGACUAACCCACGGCUAAGCGACUCUGGUCGAGGCAGAACAACUUUCUAGGAAGCUUUGUUGAGAGAAAGUAUGGCAUAUUGCACCACUACCCUGGCUUGUAGCCCCUGGGCCUGCCAUCGCUGGCUCCCCUGGUAUCUUCCUCAUAAGGUACAGCUGCUGGGAGAGGCAGGCGAGCAAUCCAGAGGCGGGCAGCAUGGGGGUGGUUUUAUUUAUUUCUUUUGUGCCAGCGAGAAUGUGGAUCCUUUCAGGGACCGGUUAAGCCAAGAGGAAGUGUUUUUGCUCACUGUUUUUAAGGAGAGAAUGUUUCUAGCCACUCCCCGACCCCUGGGUGCAGAAUUGUGUCUCAGGGUUGGACCUCCGUUUCGAGUGCUCAAAAUACCAAAAUUCUCCACCAGCCUCUGGGUAAGGCAAUGGAAAUACCAAACCUUCUGACUUUGCCAAAAACUAUACAAGCAAUCUGGUCAUACCCAGAGCAUGACACAGUUCAGUCUGGUUGUUUGUAAACAAUAAAGCAAUAAGAACAAACACAAUGCACAGGACAUUAAAAGAUACAAACACAAAGCACAAAGGAAUGUAACUUGUUAAUAUUUUUGGAAAAAAAUGCACUGGGAAGAAGUUGUUGUUGAUAAUAGUAUAAACAAAUACCCAACUUCUUGACAAAGAUGACAGAUGACUGUCUCUUGCGGACACUUGCUACUGUAAUGUCAGUAACAGCCCCUGCUGUUGGGUACAGCAAUACAUUCUGUAUGGUCCACAGCACUGUAUAUUAUGAUUGAUAUUAAUGUAUCCAAUGAAAUAAUUGAACUGUUGUUCUUCAUAGCCUCAUUAAAGCAUUUGGUUUUUCACAUUG